CGUGCGUUCUGGUCAAAUACCUCCGCUGAAUUUAUUGUCUUUAACUUCAUAUUUUCUCCUACUUGUUGCAAUUUGGAGCGCGCCACUCGAGAGACCUCGCUCUUAAAAUUUACGACGACCUCGAGCGCAAAUAUUAAGUGACAGUCUGAGCUGGUCUCUGAUUGGUCGUCGGGCUCUCAGCGGCACUUCAAAGCCAAGUAGAAGCUACAACUACUAAAGCAGUCAGAGAGGAAACAGACUCAUCACGUUCAGUCACCGCGAGCACACACUCAGACGAAGAUAUCAAAACACAGAUAAUGGCUGCUACACUGCUAGGGGAGGAGCCCCGGCUAGGCAGCGCACCGCUGGCAAUGCUGGCCGCCACCUGCAGCAGAAUCGGUGAGCCCAGCCCCUCGUGCUCCCCUGCUUUUUCCGAUGGAGCCCAGUGUCACGCGAAGGGCUUUCACCCAUGGAAAAGAGGCGCACCGGGUACCAGUAGCAUUGGUGCCUGCUUCACCUCUUCCGGGCUUCCCUCUGGAACUUCCAGAAGUAACGGGGCCGGUCUGACGGAGACCUCCAGCGCUUUCUCAGUGACCACUGCCAACUCUCCUUUUGGAAAUGAGUUUUCGAUCUACCAGACUUCUGUGCCAUCAGACAACAGUGUUCCCGAUACUGCGCACGCACAGCGGUCUGUGUUUCUGACCAAAUUUCCCUCCUCGGUGGAGGGCAUAACAGGGAUAUAUCCGAGGAUGCACGCGCAUCCCUAUGAGUCAUGGUUCAAGCCAGUGGGGGAUGUCAAUAACGGGUCUACUGCUUGGUGGGACAUGGGAACCAGCUGGGUGGACACACAGAGCCCGGCCGGGUUACCCUCUCAUCUGAACGGCUACAGCACUGACUACAGCUCCGCCUUCGGUCCCGGUGCCUCUCAGCACCUACUCCCCACCACACAGCACCUGUUUGACGGCUUCAGGCCACCUGUACCGACUCACUACACAGAGCCUACGACGACAGGGGCACCUGCUCUGACAGGGACCCCCGUCGUUUCUCUGCCCGCAUCUUCCCGCUCCUCCUCACGACGGUACUCCGGCAGAGCCACGUGCGACUGCCCGAACUGCCAGGAGGCGGAGAGCCUUGGUCAGGGGGGCAUGAGCCCGCGGCGGAGGGGCUUGCACAGCUGCCACAUUCCGGGUUGUGGUAAAGUUUACGGGAAGACCUCUCACCUGAAGGCUCACCUGCGCUGGCACACCGGGGAGAGGCCAUUUGUCUGCAACUGGCUCUUCUGCGGGAAACGCUUCACGCGCUCGGACGAGCUCCAGCGGCAUUUGCGCACGCACACCGGAGAGAAGCGAUUCGAGUGCUCAAUUUGCCACAAACGGUUCAUGCGCUCCGACCAUCUCAGCAAACACGCGAGGACGCACAGCGCUGAGGGCUCAGAGGAUGGCGCGGAACCGGGAGUCGGUAAAGGGAGCAGCGACACGGACAAUAGUCUCUCCGGUAGCCCGAGCCAGUCUCCCGGGGUACUCGUGCGUGGGACUGUCCAAACGACCGAGGGACAGAGUGCGGUGGAAUAAUUUACAGAGCUAACCAAGAACAAAGCAACACGUGGACAUUUGAUAACAUUACACCAGCCUGUAUGGAGUGUGUUUUCUUGGACACCUAAAAACUGAUAUGGCACUUUAUGAUGAACUUCAGCUGUGGAUAAACACUGUGUCCUUACCUCAUCUAUUUGUAGCCUUCUUUGAAAAUAAAUUUGUACUCUACAGUUUAUAAGACUUGUGUUAUUUGAAGACAUUAUAUGCGCCUAAUUUAUUCUACACAUUUUUUACAUUAUUUUUGUUUAGAAUUAAUCAAGUGGCCUGUUAUAUAAUUAUCUGGAUUAUUAUUGUUAUAGGUUAUUUUAAAAUAUGUUUGGUUGAAAAAAAUCAUGAUUAUAACUCAAUAAAACCGGAACAUUUUUGGAAAUAUUUCGUUUUUCGUUAAACCUGCUAUGCUUAUGAUUUAAUCCAAGCAUUUCUUUGAAGGCUGUGUUAUAAUUUGACUAAAGAGUAGCCUACUAUUUUUUUAAAAUUACAAAUUUAAAACAGUAUAUAACUAUUAUCUUGACUACAACCUACAUAAUAAUUAACUAGGUUACUAGAAUAAAUCACUGUAUAUACUAAUUUAUCAGUUUAUUCAUUCAGGGUUUAACUGAGGCCUAUAGCAGGCUUGUGAAAAUCAAAUUAGCCUGAUCAAGGUAUUGAAAUGAUUUCAUUUCUGCACUGCACUGUUGAAGAAAUAAUGAUAUCGGAUCAAUUACCAAAUGUAUUUUGCACACUUUCUGUAACUGCAUAUUGGGUGAAUAUUUACAGUGGUCAUGAACACACAUCUCAGUUGCCUUAGUGUGCAUCUCCACCUAGUGUUCAGUUUAUACAGUCACAGGUUUUUGGACCACAUUGGAUGGUCACAAUUUGAUGUUUUGUACAUGUUGUUGCAUCAAAAAAUAUAUUAUAAAAGUAUUGCCAGAGCUGCACAAAACCUC